GGGUUUCAUGCCCGUUCGCACACCCUCCUCUCCGCACACGCAGUCCGGGACUGGUGCGGUGAUUUUGGCUGCAGACUUCAGGCAGGACGCGCCUCGGAGGCCACCUGAGGGGUGUCAGUUUGCUUUUUUUUGGGGGGGCGCAGCAGAAAGAUUAGAGAGAAUGCAAAGUUUCAGUGAAAAGUUUAUGAAGAGGCGUUGAUUUAGAUUGUUCUAUCCACUGGAGCGGAGGCACGCCUCGCCUGUGCUGAGGGGGCAUACCUGUGCAGACCUGCCCGGAGCCCGUUAGACAGAGAGGACUUCAAGAGGGGGAGUCCAGACCGAGGAGACACACCUUGUCUUCUCUUACCUCUACGGCGCCCCCCACCCCACCCCACCCUCUCUCUCUCUCUCUCUCUCUCUCUCUCUCUCUCCCCCUCUCUCUCUCUGAAAGCGAAGGAAUAACCGAUCUGAACACUGAAAUGUCGUCAAAUGAGAGAGCAACCCGGGUGCUGAGGGAGAUCCAGCAAAAUCCUGGAAAUGACACUUGCGCAGACUGCGGCGCUCCCGAUCCCGGGUGGGGCUCCUGCUCCCUGGGGGUGUUCAUCUGUCUGGCCUGCUCUGGGAUCCACCGCAACAUCCCCAACAUCAGCAAGGUCAAAUCCCUGAGCCUUUCCCACUGGGAGGACCACGAGGUGCAGUUCAUGGCUGAGAAUGGAAAUGAGAUGAUGAAGAGUAAAUAUGAGGCUGCUGUUCCAGUCUACUACUACAAACCCACCCACAAAGACUGCCAGGUGUUGAGGGAGCAGUGGAUCAGAGCAAAGUACGAGAGAAAGGAGUUCUCUGAGCCUGGGAAGAACUUUACAUAUGAGGAAGGAACUAGAGAUGGCUUGUUGAUGAAGAGGGGGCGGGACAACGGGCAGUUCCUCAGCAGGCGAUUCGUCCUCUCAGAGAGGGAGGGGACUCUGAAGUAUUUCACCAAAUAUGACGCUAAGGAGCCCAAAGCAGUACUCAAGGUGGACACCAUGAACGCAACCUUCCAGCCCGAGAAGAUAGGAAACCCCAACGGCCUGCAGAUCACUUACCUCAAAGACUACAGCACCCGCAACAUCUUCGUCUACCACGACAACGGCAAGGAGGUCGUAGACUGGUAUAAUUCAAUUCGCGCAGUUCAGCUUCACUAUCUAAAGGUGGCCUUUCCUGGGGCCACGGAUGCUGAGCUGAUACCCAAACUCACACGGAACUUUCUGAAGGAAGGGUACAUGGAAAAGACGGGUCCCAGGCAAACAGAAGGCUUCAAGAAACGCUGGUUCACUCUGGACCACAGACGACUCAUGUACUUCAAAGAUCCGCUGGACGCCUUUGCCAAAGGUGAGGUGUUCUUGGGGAAUAAGGACCACGGUUACAACGCCUUCGCCGGCCUACCCGCUGGCACCCACUGCAACGGUGCCUGGCAACACGGUAUCACCAUUCAAACGCCUGACCGCUGCUUCCUGUUCACUUGCGAGACAGAGAACGACCAGCAGGAUUGGCUGAAACACUUCAGCGAUGUCAUGAGUGCUCCGAUGUCCCCUCAGGAGUACACAAUGGAAGCCUUGUUUAAGCACAGGCAUUGACAGACCAGAUACCUGUGGGACCAUCUCCUCUUCUCUCAGCCCAUUACCGAUCUGACACAGGACCCAUCAACAUCAGUUCUGACUCCUUUAGUGAUUUUGGCAAAUUGUAGCAAAAUAUGCAUCACUAAUAUGGUCAGUCUGGAGCUUGUUGCUACUCCCAAAUGCGCCAAUGGAGUUACAAUGUAAACAAUAGGACCAAGGUAAUAUUCAUUAGUAAAUAAAAAAAAGAAAUCUGCCAAAACAAAUAGUAACACUUCAGUGUACAGUGGCAAUAAAUAUGAUUUAUGUUAGAUUUUGUUUCAGUGACAGUUUUUGCAUUAGCUGUUGUGGUAUAUUUGCACUGCAGAGCGAUCACUUGUCAGUCAGACAGUCUGGGGAUUACUCUGACAUAUUUCUUUAGUGGAUUUUGAAAUUCUAGACGGCGCUCCUUUCUUGGCUGGUUCAGACGUGGUCCCUGUUGGCCAUGCUAACUAACUAUGAAUUUACUUUCUGUGUGCCAGUGGAUUUUUUUUUUUAUUAUUAUUAUUUUAAAAUAAUGUGGCUGUAAUUUUUAGGUUUAUUUGGUUUUCAAUAUGAGAUUCAAAGAAAAUGCAUUUUUAAGGUGAGAAGUACCUUGGUCCUCUUGUAUUAAGUAUUUUAUGUCCAUGUGUGAUGAUUGAUGAUGAUUUGGUAAUACUAUUAAGGUACAUUAUACAUUAUACAUACUAUUAAACCAACCUUAUAACUCCUCGAUGACAUAGAACAUUACAUUCAGCAAGAGUAUUGCAGCACAGCUCAUGAGCUACAGCUGCAGCAUACUGCUUAUGUGCUAUUUCGGACCAAAGGUUUUUCCAAGCAGUAUCUUCAGACACAUUAACUGUACAGUUUAUAUCAUGAAUUUAACAUGACUUUCAUAAUUUUGUUAUAAUUCUUAGACUAGGCAAAAGUUGCAUUUUGUAAGUUGCUUUUGCUUUUUGUCGAAGACGUACAGGGAGGACAGGAUUUGCAAAGGCAUUGGGAUAGAAAAGCUGGGAAUACUGUAAGCCAUUACAUGGUCUAACAGCGCCUCCAUGUGGCGUACAAUAUAUACACUAUAUAGACUUUCUCAAAACAAACAAUAAUUCCAAUAAUAAGUUGCUGUUUUUUUCUUUCUUUUAUAGAUAUCAGCCAAUUGAAACAUUUUUCUGGUAUUUUUUUUCAUUUUCUGUUUUUUGGUUUAAGAGGUAGACACAUCUGUGGAUUGAGUGUUUUACUUUUUUAUUUUUUUAAUAUAGCUUCCUAUGCUUGACCAUAUCUAACUGACAUAGCACAUGGAAUUAUUGAUGAUCACUAAUAAAAAUGUUUCCUCUGAA